UCUAGCUUAACAGCGCCUCCAGCUCUAGCCCUACCUCUCUCGCAGCCUCCUACGCCUGCAAGAAGCAGCUCUCUCUCGCAGCCUCUUACGCCUGCAAGAAGCAGCUAGCCAGUGCGCGCACAUCGUCCAUCGAUCACCUCGAUCACCAGUUCACCACACACACACAGCCAGCUCCAUCCAACACCUCGGGUCGACGAUGGCCAUGGCGCAAGGACAAGCGGCACGGGCCACGAGGGAGGCCGUGCCCCUGGUGUCCCGUGUGGCCAUCAUCGGCGGCGGGAUCAGCGGCCUGGCCGCGGCGAAGCAGAUGUCGGCCUACGAUCCCGUCGUGUUUGAGGCGACGCCGUCCGUCGGCGGGGUGUGGAAGCACUGCGUCUACCGCACCACGCGGCUGCAGACGCCCCGCCCGGACUACGAGUUCUCCGACUACUCCUGGAAGAACCGCGACGACCCGUCGUUCCCGACCCACACCGAGAUCGUCGACUACCUGGAGGGCUACGCCGACGAGUUCGACCUCUGGCGCUACAUCUCGUUCGGGUCCAAGGUGGUGGACAUCAAGUUCCUCGGCGGCGCCGAGGCCGGGUUCACCGAGCUGUGGAGCGGCACCGGCAAGGCUCCGCUCCGGGGCAAGCCCAUGUGGGAGGUCGGCGUCGUCACCGGCGACUCCAACAUCGUUCAGUAUUACAAGUUCGAGUUCGUGGUGAUGUGCACGGGGAAGUACGGCGACGUGCCGCGGAUGCCGGUGUUCCCGCCGGGGAAGGGGCCGGAGGUGUUCAAGGGGACGGUCAUGCACUCGCUAGACUACUGCAAGCUGAGCGAGGAGGAGGCCGUUGAGCUCAUGCGAGGCAAGAAGGCGGUGGUUGUUGGCUACAAGAAGAGCGCUAUCGAUCUAGCCAACGAAUGUGCUCAGGCAAACCAAGGCGAGGGAGGGCAGCCGUGCACGAUGCUGGUACGGACCCUGCACUGGGUGGUGCCAUCGUACUCCAUCUGGGGCCUGCCAUUCUCCAUGUUCUACUCCACACGCUUGUCUCAGCUCUUCUACGAGCGGCCCAACCAAGGCUUCUUCCGAUCCCUCCUCUGCCGCCUCAUGAGCCCACUGCGGACAGGGGUGUCGAAGUUCAUCGAGUCGUACCUGUCGUGGAAGCUGCCACUGGGAAAGUACGGUCUGACGCCGGACCACCCCUUCGUCGAGGACUACGCCAGCUGCCAGAUGGCCAUCCUCCCGGAGGGCUUCUUCGACAUGGCGGACCGCGGCCUCGUCCGCUUCAAGAGGGCGUCGGCCGGGUGGUGCUUCUCAGAGAACGGCGUGGUCCUCGACGACGGCACCAAGGUGGAGGCCGACCUCGUCUUCCUCGCCACCGGCUUCGAGGGCAAGGACAAGCUCCGCGAGGUCCUGCCAAAGCCCUUCCGCGACCUCGUCGUCGGCAAGUCUUCCAUGAUGCCGCUCUACCGUGGCACGAUCCACCCGCUGAUCCCGAACAUGGCGUUCGUGGGGUUCGUGGAGAGCGUGUCGAACCUGCACACGUCGGAGCUGCGGUGCCGGUGGCUGUCGGGGCUGCUGGAGGGGAGGUUCGAGCUGCCGACCGUGAAGGCCAUGAUGGGGCACGUCGCCGGCGAGGCCGACGCCAUGCGCCGCACCACGCGGUUCUACCGCCGCCACUGCAUCUCCACCUACAGCAUCCACGACAGCGACGGCAUGUGCGCCGACCUGGGCUCCGCCACGCUCCGCAAGGCCAACUGGAUCGCCGAGCUCUUCGCGCCAUACAACAACAAGGACUACAAGGAACAGUGAUUAAUUCAUACGUCCGGACACAUCACAUCGUCCUACGUACGUAUACUACACUUACUCGACCGCACCAAUAUAUACAUGCGGCCGAAUACGUAAGUACAGCCGGUAUAAUACAUUCUUUUAGUAAAAGCACAUACAUAUAUACGCGAUUCCAUUGGUAGCUAGUAAUAAUAUCGAUCGCUAACAAGAAUAUACGUAUACACAUACGUACUAUAAUAAGAUUCUUUAUUCCUGUACUAGUAGUACUACUGCAGUGUGUAAGUCCUUAGGGCUCGAUGCUGACUAGUAAUCAAGGACUAGGUCAUGCAUGAUAAUUUAUGUAUCAAGUGUCAUGUGAACCGAGGAACGUUCGGUUAAGGACUCGUGACCUCGAUCAAGGAGGUCUUGUCUCGCCCGCGACCACAGGAAUAUUCCAACUGUCGAGGAGCAUGUGGACUGUAGUAGAUCCUUGUGUGAUUACUUAUAGCAGUAUAUGAUUCAUCCCUGUACAACACCUGUGGCUCAUUUUUUUUUCUUUGUCGAUGUAACAAUUGGAUCUAUGAGCAUGCAAUGAAAAUUACU